GCGCUUCUGCUUUGUUGAGGGGGAUGAGACUCGUGACGUCAUUGCGCGGGAGGAGAGCUACCGAAAAAACGAGGUUGGAGACGAAGCACGUUUCCUCUUGUGCAACUUUCCGUCUGAAAAUGUCCACACUCCAAACGCUGAAAACGUUUAUCAACCAGCGGCUCACUGUGGCUGUAGAGGAGAUAUUCGGCCUGCUGGAAACAACAAUUUCCAACUAUGAAGAGGAGAUUAAUCGCCAGCGCAGGCUGAUAGAAGAUGAGAGGUCUGAGUUCCUUAUCAAAAAAACAGAUAUGCAACAAGCAAUGAGAUUUCGAGUCAUCAUUGAUCAUGAUAUCAAGAAGAUUACUUUCCAAAAUGGCAUCCCCUCAUCAGUGGAGGACUUCAUUAAAGUAUUUAAACAAGCUUUUUCCAUCACCACAGACAUAAGCCUUCAGUACAAAGAUGUUGACUUCGAUGACUUCUUCACACUAACAUCUACAAGUGACCUGAAGGAUAAAGACACGCUGAAAGUAGUGCAUGUGCCACCGGGCAUAAUAAUGACCACGGUCCCUCAUGAGCGCAACCCAGACAACUCUGAUGUGUCCUCUGUGGAUGAUCUGCUCUCAGUGGAUUCACAAGACAAUCUGAUUCCCAGUCCACCUGUCACUGAGAGGCAAAACUUGUGGCCUGCCCUGUUCCCCAUUCCAAUCUUCUCCUACAAUACUGAGAUGGCUUUGAGGCAAGGCAAUGAGAAGUUUCUAAAAGAUGGAACUCCCCUAACAAUACCAAGCAUCAAAUCAGACAUUUUGGAGCGCCUGGCUGAGACCAUGUUUUCCUAUACAGCAUAUCCCAAUGACCCACAGAGGGCGGCAGUUGCACAGGCACUAAUAGAGAAGCAUCCAUGCUUGAGGGAGCCAGGCUCUUUUAAUGGAUGCUAUGGGUGGCAGCAAAGUUUAAAAUACAAAUGUGCAAACUACAGAAGCAAAUUAAAAGCACACGGAAACCCUGAACUGAUUAUAAAUACACUUAAGCACAAGCAGGAGGGCGACAGAAAACCUGCCAAAAAUGUCAAAAAACCGAGGAAAUCUGAGGUGAACUACCUCCCCCCACAUCCAGUGGGUGAAACAGACAGUAGUCUGGAAAAUGUGAGACUUGAGCUUAUAGCAAUGAGCAAGAUACAGGACAAUGGCCAGAUGAUAAAUGACAUGAUGUCCAGAACAUACAGCUGUAGAAGGAGAGAAGUGGUAGGCCAAUCUGUGCAGAUUGCAGAGUUCAAAGAAAGAUGGCCUGCCCUGUUUGAGCCAUUACAGAUAAAGGAAGAGUUCCGAAGGUGCAACACCAUUCCUCUGGAGUCCACAUUCAUCUCCCAGCUGGACGGGUAUAUGCCAAAGUUCCUGGAAUUAUUCAGGUCCAAAGGGGGAGCUGUUGGACAACGCAUGAAGAAUGUGCUGACUGACCUGAUUCAGGACCCCCAUGCCUCAGUUGUGAAGAAGAGGGAUGUGACUCUGAGAUGUCUCAUCGAGUACAUGGGGGAGAGUGUGCAGGAUCUCAUCUCCGACUACUAUAAAACAGCAGAGAAUAAAGUGCUUGAGGACCUUCAAACAGAGAGUAUGAGGAUCUACAUCUGUCACCAGCCACAUGCAGUCGGCAUCAUCAUUGAUGGAAUUCCAGUGCUGAUGGGUCUGGAUAACAUGCCUGAAGCCUGCUGCCUGCUCCUUGGCCUGACCUACGCCCUGAAUCUGGAUUAUCCGCCCAAGCUUGCUAAAACCUUUGAGGUUUUUCAAAGAUUACUUGUAGGACUUGAUACCCUGCAGCCAAAACCAACUUCAAAGUAUAUCAACCUGAAAAACAGACUCCUCACCUAAACAAUCACUUUGAGCUGCUGGUGCAGUUAUAUGUACCCACGGGUCUAUUUGGUUCAUGUUAUAUUUAGAAAAUGUAGCACUGUAUCAACAUGCAACGCCUAGUGUGAGUAGCACAUAAGAGCAGCAGCAACAGUUCCAGUGGCAUUCAGGCAUACCUGAAUUUUAGCCACGUUGACAGCCUAAUACACUGUCGCAGUAAUUACAUGCAUAAAAAGCCAGAAGAGAAACUUAAAGCAAAAAAUAGGACUCCGGUUCAAGUUACUGGAUAUGUAACAAGUAAAACGCAAGCUAUCCUGCCUAAGGUGUAGACAGCUGCAUUCGUUAUAUUGGUAGUAAUUUGCUUCCAUCAUACAUGAUUGUACUGAAUGUUUUUAGUUUGUGUUCAUAGAUGAGAGUUUGAACAUGGUUAAAACAUGGUGGUGUAUUUCCUUCCUUUUGUUGAAAUUCUAUCUCAGUACUAAGGAAGUGAGUAAAGUAAAUACCUGUAAUUUUCCACUCACCUCCAUGUCACAUUAUGUGAGAUGGUCCUAGUAAAGUCUCGGUGAGACUGUGCAGUAUCAGCUUUAAGACUUGCCAGUUGUGCUGAGUGGAUGGUAAAUCCUAAAACUAAAAUGGGAUAGAAAAGCUUUUGUCUGCCCAGUUUUGGAUGCUUCAAAAAAGUACUAAACAAGCUUAUUUUACCGGGAUUCUCUCAGGUCUGUAAAGCUUAGUGUGAUGUAUAGUUUCUAAGUAAGAUGUGUUUUCUUUCCAAAUGAAACAAGUUCACAUGAAAGUUUAGAUUUACAUGUAGCUAAAAUAAUGUAUGAUUAUCUUCUGAGUGCAAAAAAAAAAAACUAAAAGAAAUGUUCAUGUUUUAAAGAGACUGCUUUUUUACAUUUUGUAAAUUGACAUUUUAGUUUAGGUGUUACUAGACACAAAGUUCAUUACUGUCAGAAUGGAUUAAAAACAGUUUUGAAGAAGUUUA